UGCUUCAUGCGGUGCAAGGGGUUUGGCGUGUUGGGCGCGCGCUGGGCAAGGCGUUUCAAACAAAAAUGGCGGAAAAACAUUUGGAAGCAGAUAAAGACGGUUGCAAAAGUGUCGCCGUCGCUGACACCGAGAAUGAGACCAACUCUGUGGAGCAGACCUCGAAAAGAUGCUCCUCCACAAGCCCCGGUAUUCCAGCUCCCCCACACAAAUCUCCCCGUACCGACUUCCCAUCACCCACCUCUCAGACGCCAGCUCCUGGGGAAGGACCCUCAGAGACGGACCAACAAGAAAUUCAGAGUUCAGAGAAUAUUGAGGGACCCACUAGCCCCACCGUCAGCCCCAUUGCACGGAGAAAGUCCUGGAAGAGAGCCAAUAUAACCCGACGCUCUCUCCCUGCCCUUCAGAAUCCCUAUCAAGUGUUGUGCAGAAGCAUACAUCCGUCCUUACCACAGGAAGAGAGAUUUGAGAAAUUGAUUGAGGCUUCAAUGAAGCUGGCAAUAGAAAGGACUCAAAAUUCCCUGCAGUCAGUACCAAACAUCUCACUGGAGUAUUUUCAAAAACAAGUUGAGCAUAUGAAGAAAGAGUCUGGCUGUCUCACCGAAGAGCUACGCAGUGAGGCUCAGGAUCACUUACUCCCAGCUAGUGCAGCAAGUGAUCCUGCUGUGCAAUCAGCUAUGAAAAAAUUCCAGAAAGUCAUCUGUAGGCUCCAGACAGAAAGUGAAUCUUGGGAGGCACUCUUGAACAAACACCAGAGGAAAGCAGAAGAGUUGGAAAGGAAAGUGAAGCAGGGUCAAGAGAAAGGCUUGUUGUUAGACUCUUCAACUGUGGCCCGGUCUUCACAGUACCAAUUCAUACAGAGUAAACCGGACUACCAUGGCCUCCUCUGUCGACAACAGCCCAUGUUUCAAACUAUGGCAAUGAUUAUGGACAUUCAGUGUAAAAAGAUUAGACAGCUUCUGUCCAUCAAGGAGCAGUCCCAGUUGUUGGUGAAAGAGACCAGUGGACGAUUGGCUGCAAAGGCAGGAUUCCAGGAUCUUUCACCUGACGUUGUAAAGAACUUUAUGACAGCACCUCUUUCCUCUACAACUACGUAGUCACCCUGACAGGAGGCAAGCACAAGCAAUCUAAAGACUCUCUUUUUAAAGCUCACUUCAGUGUAUUUUCUUGUGAUUAUAAUGUUUUAUUCUUUGCUUUGUCUUUUGUCUCAUACUUUGUCUACUAAAAAUAAAACCAACAUCAUAAACGGGUAUGGCAAUAAUGCCAGAUAGUUCAUGUUUGAUCCAGAAGGUGGCACUGCCUAGCUGUAAAAAAAAUAAAUGUUUAAGAGCUCCAUAAAUGGCCAGCAAGGAUUUUUCUAGAAAACAUUAAGUACAUAUUUGCCAGUAUAACCCUGAUUGAAACUAGUAGCUGUUCCAAUCCUAGGAACAGAUCAAUCUUUUGACAAAAUAAGCUCGACUUAAACUUGAACUGUAUGAGGAGCUGUCAGAACUAGCAAAUGUAAUAACUUCCCAAACCAAGUCUGAUUCAUAGGGUCAUUUAAAAUAAACAUAAUAUUAAAGUCAUUUAAUGUA